AUGCCAUUCCCAGUCUUCCCAGUCUCUGCCCUAGCGUAUCUGUGGGUGGGCCUCGCGUUCGUCUGCUUUUUCGCCGUUCGGUUUAAGAAGCGGCCGCGGUACCCUCCGGGCCCCAAGGGACUUCCCAUCGUGGGCAACUUCUUCGACGUACCCAGUGAUUAUGCUUGGAUAACAUACGGAGACCUCGGACGGCAAUACGGGUCUGACAUUAUACACUUGGAGGUGUUUGGAUCGCACAUCGUAGCGUUGAACAGCGCGAAGGCUGUGAAAGAUCUUCUUGAGAAGAGAUCUAGCAUUUAUUCCGAUAGAGAGCAGUCGGUUAUGCUCAGUGAGCUAACUGGUUGGGGUCGUAACACCGCCUUCAUGAAAUAUGGCGAUGUUUGGAAAGAGCAUCGCAGGCUGCUUCACCAAUACUUUCGCCCGUUAACUGUGCCGCAGUAUCAUUCAAGUCAGGCGAAGAACAUUCAUCGUCUGUUGCAAUCGCUACUGGACUCCCCGGAAGAAUUUGUAGAGCACAUCCAAUUCUUGACAGGAGCCACAAUACUCGAUGUUGUGUAUGCGUUCGACGUGCGGCCAGGUGACCCCAUGAUUGAACUCGUCGAGAAGGCAGUGCGUACCGCAACGGAAAUUAUGCAUGCAGGUGUAUACCUAGGUGUGUAUCACAAUUCCUUACAGAUGCAUUUAAGGCAUCUCCCGUCCUGGUUUCCCGGAGCUGGCUUCAAGCGUCAAGCUGCCGAGUGGAAAACUUUGGUCGACGACAUGCAUGAGAUGCCUUACGGUCAAUUUAAGGCAUCGAUGAGAAAAGGCCAUGCAGAGCCUUGUUUCACGGCCACUUUGCUCUCAGCAGAUGAAACGAACGAGGAUAUGACGCGCUUGGACGAAGUAUUUAUGAGUGUGACUGGGGCGGCCUACGCAGGCGGAGCUGAUACUACUGCGGCGGGCCUCGCGACAUUCCUGUUAGCUGUGACCAUGUUUCCUCAGACACAAGUCGCAGCUCAUGAAGAGCUUGAUCGAGUCCUGGGCAGGAGGCGCUUGCCUGAAAUUGAAGAUCGGGAAUCUUUGCCCCACAUCACUGCUAUCCUUCACGAGGUCAUGCGCUGGCAUCCAACGGCGCCGCUUGGAAUCCCACAUCGGACCACUACUGACGACGACUAUCAAGGAUAUCACAUUCCAGCUGGGACCGUGAUAUUUGGUAAUGCCUGGGCUAUACUACACAACGAGGACAUUUACCCAGACCCCGAAGCCUACAAGCCAGAACGAUACCUCAACGAAGAUGGCGGGCUGAGGGAUGACAUACCCUACCCUAUCGAGGCGUUCGGUUACGGUCGGCGAAUUUGUCCCGGUCGCCACUUUGCGCACGAUAUCCUGUGGCAGGCCAUUGCAAACAUCCUUACCGUCUUCAAGAUCGAGCGCGCUCUGGACAAUAACGGGAACGAGAUUGUACCGAAGGGAGAGACAACUCCCCAUUUGAUUAGUACGCCGAAACCUUUCAAAUGCCGAUUCACUCUGCGGUUUCCAGGAGCGGAGACUCUAAUUCGUUCAGCUGCGCUGACAGAUUGA